AUGGACGGAGCCGGGCUGGGCGUCACCGCCUGCGCCGCGGCCGCGGGGCUGCUGCUCUACCGCAUCGCGCGGAGGAAGAAGCCCACGCACGUGACGGUGAACUGCUGGUUCUGCAACCAGGACACGGUGGUGCCCUACGGGAACCGCAACUGCUGGGACUGCCCCAACUGCGAGCAGUACAACGGCUUCCAGGAGAAUGGAGACUACAACAAGCCCAUCCCUGCCCAGUACAUGGAACACCUUAACCACGUUGUGUCGGGCAGUCCAACUUUCUGUGACCCUACCAAACCACAGCAGUGGGUGAGCAGCCAGAUUCUGCUCUGCAAGAAAUGCAACAACCAUCAAACCAUGAAAAUCAAACAGCUGGCUUCAUUCUCACCAAGGGAGGAGGGCAAGUACGAUGAGGAGAUUGAGGUGUACAAGCACCACCUGGAGCAGACCUACAAGCUGUGCCGCCCGUGCCAGGCUGCAGUGGAGUAUUACAUCAAGCACCAGAACCGGCAGCUGCGGGCGCUGCUGCUCAGCCACCACUUCAGGCGCCGGGAGAGCGACAAGGGCUACAGCCAGAGCCUGUGUUCAUCCUCAUCCACUUCCAUCACCACGCCAGCUCAGGUGAUCCUCCUGCGGUUCCUGGCCUUCCUCAGCUGUGCGUUCCUGGUUCUGAUGGCCUUGUACGGGUCAGGCGACCCCUUCUCCCUCAGCACAGCUGUCCCUGCUCCUGGCCCCGCUGGCCCCGUGUGGAACAGGACUGGCGCCAGCCCCCGUGCAGGCGGUGGCAGUGCCAGUGGCAGUGGCAGUGACGGUGGCGGCUCGGGGCGCGGCUGGCGGGAGCUGCUCCGCCUGCUCCCGGAGCGCCUGCUGGAGAACCUGAGCGUGGCCUGGGCCUACGGCAAGAAUCACCAGAUGGCAGUGGCUGUGCUGGGGCUCUUCACCUGCCUGCUGGCCAUGUUCCUGGCUGGGCGCAUCAGGCUCCGGCGGAUCGACGCCUUUGCCUCGCUGCUGUGGUUCCUGGUGAUGAGCCUGCACCUGGCCGAGCGCUACCUGAAGGCAGACACGCCCAGCUGGCUGGACACGGCCAAGUUUGGCACCACGUCCCUGUGCUGCCUGGUGGGCUUCACCGCAGCCGUGGCCACGCGGAAGGCGACGGGCCAGCGGAGACCCCGGCCCCGAAGGUACCUCUCUGGGGACUCCAUCGCUGUCUUUCCCAGCAGCCCUGGCCCAGCCUUCCCUUCACCUGCCACGUCUCUGUUUGUGCCAACUCCGCCCAGCAUCCUGCACCUGACAAACCAGCAGCUCUUCAGGUCCCCGCGCAGAACGGGCUCGUCCUCCCUGCCCGGCCGCCUCCACAGGGCGCUGUCGCUGGGCACCAUCCCCUCGCUGGCACGGGCAGAUUCUGGGUAUUUGUUCAGUGGAAGCCGGCCGGCCUCGCAGUCAUCUUGCUCCAAGGAGUCCCCUACAUCAGACCCACUGUCCCUGCUGGGCAGCCGCGCCCCGUCCCGCCUGCCGUCCCCUGCCCCGUCCGUGGCCGGCUCGGUCACCUCGAGCUCGGGCUCGCUGCGCCUGCGCCGCCCGCUCAUCAGCCCGGCCCGCCUCAACCUGCAGGGGCAGAAGCUGCUGCUGUUCCCCAGCGGCCCCGAGGAGCCCCCCCAGCCCGACAGCAACGCCUUCAGCCCCGAGCUGCACGGCUGCACCCCGAGGAGCCUCGCCGAGCGCGGCGUGCCCGAUAUGAGAUCGGCCGUGGAAGGGGGGAGUAUUUGCAGUGAUAAUUCCAUCAAAAAGGAGGAUCACUCGUCACACUCAUCUACCUGCGUGGUGGACACGACUACCAAAGGGGAAGAUUUGGCAGGCUGGAGAGGUCGCUUUGGGACCUCUGCCCUGCGGGGCCUGCUGGCCGUGAGCCUGACCCUCAAUGCUGUUUUCACAUCAGCCUAUGUCUACAGGAGCCUGCGCUGACUGCUGCCAGCCCUCCCUGUCCCUCUGGUUCCACCUGGUCCUGAGGAGAUGAGAGCAACCCAACCACGGCUUCAUGGCCAAGGCCGUGCCACCGGUGCAUGCUGUUCAUCAAAAAACUGCUGUACACUCAGCUGGCAUGAAAAGCAACCUGGGCAGCUGCUGCCAUCCCUUCCAGGUAGAUCAUAUCCAGAGCGUCCCUGGAGAUGGCAGGCAGCAUUCCCAGCUCAAAGCAGGAGGCCACUCCAAUGGCCCACACACUUCCUUUCAAGAGAACUGACCCGAGACACAAGCCUGACAAUGCGUGAGCUGCGUUUUUAGGGACCUACCCCAGCUCUUCUUUCUGACAUAUUGACCUCGUGCUGAUGGUGCUGGUAAAACGGGGAGAAUUAGAGCAAAUGAGCUGAAGAAGAGGGAUGGCUUAGUAGCUGGUGCUGGGCUUUGGCUACUGCAGCAGCAUCCCCAGGCUCUGCUCAGUGGUUCCUCUUCUCUCUUCUCUCUGGCAUUCUCUAAAUUGUCAGUGAACUUUCUUUAGUUGCCUUAAGCUUGCCUAAGCACAUGGGUGACCUUGGCUGCUCUGUCAUGUUCUUGCAUCUUAUAUGUCCUUGUGCUUCCAGCUGGACCUGGCCCUGAGGCCACUUUCACCAGUUCCUUGUGGCCACGCUGGCCCUCAGCCCUGUGUGUGCCUGUGGCUGCACAGCCCAGACAGACCCUGUGCUGGCUGCAGAGCCCCAGCAGGCAUCACCUGUGUUACUCUCAAGUGGCAAAAAGAAAGGAUCCCUGUGUGAUUUGCACCACAAAGGGCUUCAGCUCUCAGCUCUGCUGGAGCUUUCACUGGAGCCGGGAGUGGCAGAGCCUGUUCUUGCUGUAAAUCACACAAAUCUGUUCUGUUAGGGGUAGGUGAGAAGCUGAUUGUAUACAUCUAUCCAGAGACCUGACACCUCACUCUCAUGUUGGGGUUUGCUAAGUAACUGUUUGAGAUAUUUCUUACUUAGUAAAAUGCCCAGGUGCUCUCAGUGAGAAAUGCCAAACCUGCUUCUGGACAAUUCAGCCUUCUGGAGAGAUUCUUCUUUUCUAGCCCAAGGAAAGUUAGUAGAUUAUCAAAAGCAGUUUGUAAUUUGGGUAUUUCUGCUUUUGGGUAAGCCUUCAGCAUUGCUUAGAAUUCAGGGGCCAUUUAGAAUAUUGUGCUGAACACUCAGAAUCAUUUAGUGCAUCUUAGGGAAAAAAAAAAGAAAUCCUGAUCUUGCUGUUUUGGUUCCCAAAAACCAAGUGCAGAGGGAUUUACCAUGGUAUGAAAAACA